AUUAUUUCUAAUGUUAAAGGAUCUGAACAACUUUCAACACUUUCAGCAAACAGGUGAUUUCCCUGUUAGAUUGCUGGCCUGGGGAUUUUAGUGUAUGUCCUCUCUAGAAAGUAGUCCAAAGUAUACAAACUUCACCGAAGAGAUCACAAUGCCCGCAAGUGUUUGUGUAUUCCCAUAUUUACUAGGCAAAUCUUGUGAUCUUCUAAGGUUUUUCUUACUCUGAUAACCAUGAAAGACUUGCUCGGUCUUUGAGAAUGAAAGGAAGGCCAGCUUCAUCAUUUGAGAACGACCUGAGAGGCACCACCUUCCACUCCCAGAACCCUAUUUAAGCGCUUCCCCGAUCUCUCAACCUUCCUCACCUCACCACUACAAGUCCCACUUGCUUGCCUCUCCCACUGCCUCGAGUAGUCCAUCCACAAGUUCCACAUUCUCUACCUCUCUUCUGAUUCCUGCAGCUGCACGCGCCCCCAACACGUCCAUCUGAAACCAUCAGUCAUGGCCGGUGUCGCUGAUCGUGCCGAGUCGCUGUCCCGACUAUGCGUGUGGGUGAACGGCCCGAUCAUCGUCGGGGCUGGGCCGUCCGGUCUAGCUGUCGGGGCCUGCCUCAGGGAGCAAGGCGUCCCCUUCGUGAUCCUCGAGCGAGCCGACUGCAUUGCCUCCCUCUGGCAGAAGCGUACCUACGACCGCCUGAGGCUCCACUUGCCCAAGCAGUUCUGCCAGCUCCCGAAGCUCCCCUUCCCGGAGGAGUUCCCGGAAUUCCCCACCAGGAAGCAGUUCAUAAGCUACCUGGAGUCGUACGCGAAGCAGUUCGAGAUCAGCCCGCGGUUCAACCAGUCGGUGCAGUCCGCGAAGUACGACGAGACGAGCGGGCUGUGGAGGGUGACGGCCGUCGUCGCCGGCGAUGAUUCCAGGAACCGGAGUGCCGAGGUGGAGUACAUCGGACGGUGGCUGGUGGCGGCCACCGGCGAGAAUGCGGAGAAAGUAGUCCCCGAGCUGGAAGGGCUGGAGGAGUUUGGCGGCGACGUGAAGCACGUCUGCGACUACAAGUCCGGGGAGGCCUACCGGGGAAAGCGGGUGCUGGUGGUCGGCUGUGGAAACUCCGGUAUGGAGGUCUCGCUCGACCUGUGCGACCACGACGCCUCCCCGUCUAUGGUGGUUCGAGACUCGGUGAGUGAUCCACCAUCAACGCCUGUAGGAUGCAUGCAGCAAGCUCUCUGGUGGUGUCCUAAUGGAGUUGGUCCUCCAUCAUCGCUGCAGGUUCACGUGCUGCCGAGGGAAGUUCUCGGGAAAUCGACGUUCGAGCUGGCUGUUCUGCUGAUGAAGUGGCUGCCCCUGUGGCUGGCGGACAGGAUUCUGGUGGUGUUGGCAUGGCUGGUGUUCGGAAACGUCGAAAAGCUUGGCCUGAAGAGGCCUUCCACCGGACCUCUGGAGCUGAAGAACACACAGGGACGGACUCCCGUUCUGGACAUCGGCGCGCUCGGCAAGAUAAGGUCCGGCGAGAUCAAGGUGGUCCCAGGAAUCAAGAGGUUCAUCCAGGGAAAGGUCGAGCUGGUCGACGGCCAGCUCCUCGACGUCGACUCGGUCAUCUUGGCCACAGGCUACCGCAGCAACGUCCCUCGAUGGCUUCGGGUACUGCUUUCUCUGGAACAGGUUUCCUGCUUCGUUACUUGUUCCAUGUAGUGGUAAGCUGACCAGUGUUCGGUUCAAUUUGCAGGGAAGUGACUUCUUCUUCUCCAAGGAUGGACUGCCAAA